UUCAGCUAAGCUGUGUGGGGGAAAGGAGACGGUUAGGUGGCGGUGACUGUGUGUUAAUGCACAGGGCUGCUCACUGUUAAGUCUAGAGAGAGAUCUCAGCAAGGCAAAAGGGCUUUUUACCCUCACACACUCUAAAGACUGUUCUGUGCAAUAGGUUGGAAAACAGGCUGUUUUUAACAAUGGCUUCAGAGGACAAUUUCAGCUACCUUCUGCCCGGCCACAGUGAGAAGCACAGGCGGGCCCGCAACUGGACCGACGGCGAGAUGAAGGCCUUGCUCUUCGUGUGGGAGGAGCAUCACAACGAACUGAAGUUGAGCAAGAGGAACGCCAAGGUGUACGAGAAGAUGUCCCAGAGGUUCCUGGAGCUGACCGGCGAACUGCGCCACAAGGAGGAGAUCAAGAUGAAGAUCACCAACAUGUCCUUCCAGUACAGGAGACUCAAAUGCAACAGCGAGGAGGCCAGCGAGGCCCCGGAUUGGCCCUACUUCAAGGCCAUCGAGACCAUCCUGUCCAAGCCGCCGGAUAACGGACGGCUCAGCUCCUUCGAGUUCCACGCGGCAGCCGGGGGCGGGCCCUCCACCUCCUCCACCAAGUCCUCGGAGGGCCUGAUUGGCCAGGGGCCCGCGACGCGCAGUGGGGCAGCCGGGGGCCUCAUAGGCUUCCUGCCGGAGUACACCGGCUCCUCCGACGAGAUGGAGAUGAAACAGGAAGUGAUCGACUCGCUGAGCUCGGACAGCGUCCAGUCACUGGACUCCAGCUCCCGUCCGGGGAAGAGAAAGCGUGCGGACAGGAAGCUGGUGUCCAUGAAGAGGAAGAAGCUGCGUCUGAUGAGGGCCAUGCUCCAGGAGCAGCGUAGGAUGAGUCGCUCCAUGGAGGAGAGCAGUAGGGAGGUGCGCCGCGCUCUGCAGCAGCAGAACUUCCUCCAGAUCCAGACGCUGCAGCUCCAGGAACGCAUGAUGAACCUGCUGGAGAAGCUGGUGCAGCCCACCCUCCCGGGCUCGGCCACACCGUGGGCCCAGGGCGGGGCCCAAGAACUGGGGAAGCCGUGAGACGCGAGACAGCCCUCCCCCCCCGGUGUGACGACGGAAGGUCCUGGAAGAGGUUUGACGGACGGACGUCGCAGGGUGUUCUCUUGUAGAUAUUUAUAGAUGCAUGGGAAUGAUGAGCCGGUAUGGAGAGGUGGGGCCUUUUGGAGGCAGUCCAUUGAUCAUUUGUCCCCGUGUCAUGCUGAAGAUAGUCUUUGAUUGAAUGUACAGGCUGCUGACUAGCCAACUAUAUUUUUUUAUUUUUGCGUUUGUGCCAGAAUAGGGUGGGAAACCAAAACCAUUAUACCGUCCUUGAAAUCUUCAUGCAACUAUUUCAGCUCAUGAUUUCAGUCAAUAUUGUAUAUAGACAUGGAUGGUUUCGUUCAAAACAUUCUGUUUUUGUAGAGUAAAAUAGUAUUUUUAUUUUUUUUAACACAAUUGUUCUAUAUUGAAAAGUGUAUGUUAUAUAAAGGAAGGUUAUGGACACAGGGCUCUCAAGUCUCACGCAUUCGGCGUUAAACACAUGCCCACGCUCACACGCCACACUUCGUAUUUCUCACGCAGAGAAAUUACCAGGAUAGCGCCCACCAAUUUGGGCCGCUAUUAAACAGUUGAACAGGUAGGAAUCAAAUGGGUUUCCCGUACGUAGGGUAACCAGACGUCCUCUUUUGCCCGGACAUGCCCUAUUUUUGAGGCACUUUUAAAAAAAAUGUGUGGCGGAAUUUCAAAAUCGUCCGGGAUUUUAUUAACCUUUGUGUCGUGUUCGUUUCUCCCCCCUUACUUUGGUGCUCCCGGUCAAAUUCGACCGGCCUGUUUUAACUGCACUUACAAUAACAAAAAAAACAAUGAUCAUUACUACAUUUUAUUGAACUCCCUUUAAAUCUGUAAACAAUGUCUCAGACUAGUGGUUUACAUGAGUAACUGCAGUGAAUAGACACAGAAAUUGAAAGUUGUAUUCCAAAAUUAACAUUUAUUGUAAAAAAAAGACAGAAAAAUCAAAACAGAGACCAAAUUCACAUAACAUCAACAUGGACACAUCGUGUGUGUGUGUGUGUGUGUGUGUGUGUGUGUGUGUGUGUGUGUGUGUGUGUGUGUGUGUGUGUGUGUGUGUGUGUGUGUGUGUGUGUGUGUGUGUGUGUGUGUGUGUACUGUUCUCCCUGCAUGUUAGGUAUCUCUCUACGUUUUCGCAGUUUAACAGCAAGCCAAACUCAGAUAUAGCAAACACAGUCCGGUUCUCAUCAUGUAAAUAUUCCUACAUUCAUUAAAUCAUUUAAGUGCAUUGAAGUUUGAACAUGAAUACUAUUCUGAGGGCAGAACAUGAAUACUAUUCUGAGGGCAGAACACUCCCCCUGAUUGGUGCGUCGGGUCACCACUGGUCUAAAUACGUCCAGCCCCACGUAGCUGAAGGCUGGAGAGGUGUCGAGCCGCUCUGGAGGGAGGUCAGCCAUCUUUUGCACUCCCAGUUUCCCUCUAAGCUUACGGCACGUCACACAGUGAUGGAGGAUAGAGCUGACCAGCCUUUUGCUAGCGACAAUCCACAGUCCAGCCGCUCUGAUGGUCCCCUCUGUGAACUGUCGCCCCGUGUGCUUCACUUGUAUAUGAUGGUGUUCCACAAGCAGUUUAGUGACAUGGCUAUUUUUGGAGGGAAUAAUGGGAGGUUUUACCUCUGAUUCCAGGGAGGAAUAUCUGAGACGCCCUCCUACCCUCAGCAGGCCGUCACUGAUGUAGGGGUAAAGGGUCGGGAGCAGACUUGAAUUGGGAAUUUCUCUCUUUGCUUGAAGAGCAGCACGUUCGCCUGGAAAACGAGUCUCUUUGAACAGUCUCUACUAUGAGUCUCCUCGCUGCUGCGAGUUCUUCAGGAGUGUGAGGCCUGCUACACUGAUGCCAUGCUUUAAAUGCGUGCUGGUUUUCUAACAGCUUUCCCACGAAGGAGGAGAACUGCUGCCUCAUCUCAGCGUUUCUGCUCCGAGUGCGCCGUAGAGAGCUGAGACGGGACAGCGCUUGCUCUCUGUUGCUUGGGAGCAGAGGACGAGGUGACUUGAAUGGUAGGGGAGCUACCCAGUUGUUCUUUUCAUCUUGCUCAAUUUCUUUCUCCAGAGUUUUCAAAAAGAGUUCAUCUUCAAAGGACAUGGCGCACUUGUUGUCACUGUACGUUCGCUGGAAAACAGUCAGCCCGAGCUGUUCCUCAGCUGGCACAGGCUUCAGUGUGUGUGUGGGGUGGCCAUACCUGGCCUCCCCACCGUAGCACAGUUUUUCCUUCACGCUGAUGCUGUUGUCGCAUGGAGUGAGGAGUGACGGACGUCCAUUCUGUAGCACCUGUGUUCUGAAGACGCUCAGGGUUGGUUUGUGGGCGUUGUCAAGGCACACUUCAGCUAUAAUCACCCAGCCCAAGUCUAGACGUUGAGCAAAGGGUGCAUUUUGAUGUCCAUUUAUUUGAUCUCUCACCUUAUGCACGUGUACCAUGUCUAACAUGAUACGGGACCACAUGUGUGUGGACCACAUGUGUGUGGACCACAUGUGUGCGUGUGUUGAAACACAGGUGUUAUGUUCCCUGCCUCCCGGAGUGGCAUUUUGCAAUCAGGUCGCAGUGUGCCUUGCAAACGUAUGCAUCACAUUUGAAGCAUGUAAGACUUGUCUCAUUGUCUCUAGGGGCACAGAGCUCGCAUCUCUUCCGUUUCUGCCCCUGUUUUGGGGGGAGAGCGGCCAGGGCAGUGGCUGGGGCUUGCAGACUCCUCACCAGACUGCCAUGGGCUGGUGUGCUGGGAAGGUGCUGGCGACGUUGAAUUAGAGGAGUCACUAAAGCUUUCCCAAGCUCUGCCAGGAAGAGUCUCCUCUUGAAACAUUUCCCCUGAUUCCAGGCUGGGUCGAUCGCUGUCCACACCACGUAUGCAUUACAUGCAGACCCAUCAAGGAUGUUGUGGAACACUGCCACAGGCCAACGAGCUGUCAUUCACUUGCAGGUGUAUGUACCAGUAAGCUGCAAUGAAAGAAACAAUGGCUAGAUUUCAAACAAUAUUGAAUCUGUCUUAUAAAAAAUGUUUUACAUGAAUACAAGUAAAUCAAAUGAAUGACAGAUGAAAAUAUACAUUACCUUAUCAAGGCAGUCAACGCCUCCUUUGUUUCUGUUGUAGUCCAGGAGGAUCUGGGGUUUCCUGUGCUCUGCUUCGCUGACAGCGUCGUCUUUGUGUAGAGUGCUCAUCAGGAUGAGAUUCUUAUUUUUCUUGGGCAAAUAUGACACAAGACUGUGUAAGUGAAAGCAAAUUUGGAUGAGAGUGCAUUUCUCCCUCUAGUCGAAACCAGUGCAGGGGGAAGUUGAGGCUUGUUCUUCCUCACUGUCCCCACCAUGGUGAGCUUUCUUUUCAGGCGCUCCUGACCAAGCCCAUGUGAUGUGAAAAAGUUAUCACAUGUGAUGUUAUGUCCCUUGAGACCGGCUGUCAUG